CCCAACAACUGGCGAGUGAGUACUCAGGAAGCACUAUGGUGAUGAUGAUGAUGAUGAUGAUGGUGUGAAUAUGGAGUACAGUGAGGAUGCCCAGCUCCAGCUCUUGAACCAACACUGACAUCUGCGCAUUUUUUUUGGGUUUUGACGUCAUCCUCCUCCUCCUUCUUUUUCAUUGCCUGCAAAGCAUGUUUUUUCCCCCCCCACACAGACAACUACACUGAAGGAUGUGUUUUUUCUGCACAUUUUUCCUCUCCCUCCAACGUCGCAUUGACUUGCACGCUGCUUCUCAAUCAGGAGCCUGCGCCGAGCCGCGCUGUUUAUCCGAAAAAAAUGGAAGGGCUCCCACAUCAAGGGAAAGGCGUCAAUCUGGAGAAAGGCGUCUGAAUUGUUGAUUUUUCAACCCAGCGUCCGUUGACACAUCUCGGGAGAGAUUUUUUUUCUCCAUCCUUUUAACUCACGCCCUCUCUCUGUGGCGCCUGAGCAGGACAGCUGUGUCAUCAACAACCGGCGUGGUUUUGUUGUUGUCUCAUCCGGGAGCCGCUUGGCUGCGUCUGCGCCAGCCCUCGGCUAUAACAACACCAAGGUGACGUCAACAAGGUGGCCUUGUGACAACGCGUCCCAUCAUCUCUGGCCUCCUUGUGUACCAUGAGCUCUGGCUCUGCCCAGGAUGUGGCAGUCGAGCAUUUCCUGCGUGACAUAGAGAGGCGGAGCAAGCGGCUACACUGCGCUGUGAUUGGCUGCGAGGUGGAACGACCCCGCAGCGACAUGAACUUGCUGUAUCGCAAGAGCCGUUUGGACUGGAGGCAGAGAGACCAGGAUGGGAGCAAGAAAAGCUCCUCUCAAAAUGACCCAUCAGCGACUGUUGGCAAAGUCAGAGACUUGGCCUCGUUCCGUCGCCACUUCAGAAUGGGCUUCAUGACCAUGCCGGCCUCCCAGGAUCUUUCUCCUCACUCGUGUGCCUCAGCCAUGGCGCCUCGCUCGCAGUCCUGCCAUGCGGUCGGUGCCGGGGACGCAAGUCUUGAGAACGGAGAUUACUCUGACAGCCAAUCCCAACAUGGUGGCCGAUGCCCGCCGGCCAAACCCAAGCGUCACCCCAGCACUCGCCUCAGCUCUUCAUCUGCUGACAGCCGAGGACCUCCCGAGACGGCGCCGCCUCCCCCGCCCUCCCAUUCACAGUCCAAGCACUCAGAGAAGAAAAAUGCCAUGAAGAAGUCCGACUCCGGAGAUAUUGGCUCAAAAAAGGUGCCUCCUUUAAAGCCCAAGAGAAGUCCCAGCACCCAGCUCUCCUUUGACCCACUUCCUUCACGCGUGCCUCCAUCUGCCGCAUCCCUCCCUUUCCAGGGAACCGACUCUCAGAUCCAAACGGGAGACGGGGAUGACGAGCCAGUCUAUAUAGAGAUGGUGGGUCAAGUGUUUACCAGAGAGAGCCAGACUGCCACGCCCCACCCUGUCACCCCUGUAGCCACCACGCCCGACUCGGACUCGGACCAGAGUGAGGCCAUCUACGAAGAGAUGAAAUACCCGCUGCAAGAGAACCGAGAGUCACACAGACACCUGCCUAGCAAACAUGACAAAAUGAAAAGUUCCAAACACUACCAUGUUGCCCCCUCACCCUCGAGUAGCUCCUCCUCACUACCAAGACCCUCCUCUUCCUCUCCUUCCUAUUCCAAACCCAAAGCUACCGUCUCCAUCUCCCAUUCGUCCCCCUUACCUUCCUCCGCUUCCUCUACUCCUGUCCCCCAGGUCUUAUCCACCAGCCCCCACACCCCACGAGCUCCUACACCCUACCUGCUGCAAGGAAGCAAAUGCGAGCCUGAGUCGAACACAAAGAUCCCAGCACCUUUCCCGAAUCUUCUCCAGCAUCGGCCCCCACUGCUGGCUUUCCCUCAACCGGCUGCAGCAUCCAGUGGAGUUGGCAUGCAAAACAAGGGUUCUGCCUCCUCUAAAAUGGGGGCUCAAACCCCCAGCGUGACCACUCAAGCUGGCUCCUCCUCCUCUCCAGCUUCCUCCAACGUUCCAGCAUCAGGCUCCAAAGAGCCAUUGGGGGGAAGUGUAACGCCUCAAGAGAAACACAGCAGAGAUUCCCAGUUGGGACCAGCUCCUGGACUCAGAGCAAGGAGCCACUCAACACCCCUGCCUCCUUCUUCCAAAUCGACGUCACCUUUCUCCCAUCACCAUCACCACCCUCACCAUCGGCCCUCACACUACCAUCACUAUCGCAAGCCAGAGCGGGGAGACUCUCCUGCUCCUACCAAGAGCAGCUCUCAGACUUCCACCCAGGCCACCGUGCAGACCCAAACUUCAAGUACGGGCAAGGAAGGGAAGUCUGUUAGCUUCCUCUUGAAGACAGACAAAGGAGAGAAGGAUAAGGACAGAGACAAGGAUAGGGACCGAGACAGAGACAGAGAAAGGGAUAGGGAUCGGGGUAGAGACAAGGACAGAGAGCGAGAUAAGGACUGGGACCGGGAUGGAGGUCCGCAUUCUUUGCAACUGGAUACUCUUCUGUCCACAAGUAGUCAAACCUCUCAAAGCAGCACCAGCUCGACCCCAACGCCCCUGUCCUCAUCCCAGCGUCCUCAUUCCCGUCCUCAUCUGCGCUCUCACACCCCUCAUGGCCUUCCAGCUUACAAGCCGCCAUCCUCUGACAGCCCCCUGCUGUGGACUUACCCCUCCGGAGGUUUUCGGAGACCACCGGCUUACGAGAGCUUGAGAGGAAGCUCCCAGACGCCGUCGCUGCAGCCCUCCAGCCUCACCGGCCUUGGCGAGGGGCUAUCCAAGGGUAACGAGUCCAAAUCUGGCUUCAUGCCAUGGGACAGCAGCGCUAGCUUAGCUGCUGAUGAAGGCUCUUACUGGCCCAUGCAGAGGAAAUUAUCCUUCAGCCAUGGAAGCAGGGAAACCGAAAAAGAAGAAGCACGGACUUGGAAUGGCAGUGCCGAUGCCUUAUCGAGGAUGGAUAAGGAAGAGUUUGGAAUGGGGCUGCGUGGGGGGCCUUCAAGCAUCCCAUUGCACUUCAGUGGCGCCACCAGCAGGACUCUUGGUCACAGUGAGUCGAUGGCGGGUGCAGACAGCAGCACGGGGUUCAGAGCCCUGCCCAGAGUUGGGAUGCCUCUUCCCUGCCAGACGUUUCCUGCCUGUCGCAACGGAGAAGUGGGGCGGCUGGGCCGUUCCUCCUCUGCUGCUGGAAUGAGACAGGUAGGCGGAGGAGACGUCCAGAGGCAGAGCAGUCUACCAGCAAGAGAAGCCUUGAACCAGCUGCACAGUCUGGCCCAGCCUCAAGCGUCCUGCAACCCCAGCAGUCCCAGCGUGUCCCGUCAGCAGCAGCAGCUUCAGCUCCACCAGCAGCAGCUGCAGUUAAAGCAGCAGCUCCAGCAGCUUCAGCAACAGCACCACCUGCAGCUGCAGUUCCAGCAGCUGGCCCAGCUGGCCCAGGGUCAGCCCGCCUCCAGCAGCGCCGGCUCCGCUGCGUCCGCCGCACAGACCCAGAGAGACGGCAAGCUGCUGGAAGUCAUCGAGCGCAAACGCUGCCUCUGCAAGGAGAUCAAGGCCCACCGGCGCCCUGACAAAAGCCUGUGCAAGCAGGACAGCAUGCCCAUCCUCCCUAGCUGGAGACGGACACCUGAGCCACGCAAGACUGGCACGCCACCUUGCCAAAGGCCACAGGCCGUUGUAUGGGACACGGCUAUCUGACGUGUAAACACAAAGCAGUGAGGACAACACAGAUGAGCUGAAGGUGGUUGUAUCAUUAGACAAGAGUAGACGUGGGGAUCGAUGGUGGGGGUUGCAUCACUUCCACAGAGCAGGACAGAUUGUGGACACGGAGCAUUGAGGUGAUAAACAGGGAUGCUAAUCAAACGAUUUCAAUGUCUUACCCUGUUAUCUUGCUAUAAUGUCCCCCUCAGUGGGUUCUAAUUGCCAAUAUCAUUACCACUAUUAGUAAAGGGUGAGAUGAGAAUUGCCAAAUUUCCUCCUGACUACUUGACACAUAGCGUUCUUAUUUUUUUCUCUCCAACUCACAGAAUGGAAUGCCGUGAAGGCACCAGCCAGACAAGAGCUGCUCUGUGGGUGAGUACAGGUUCGGACUCAUUGUCAAGUGUUUUGGUAUCAAUAGAUCGUUGUCGUGGAUGCAAAUAAUCAUUGCCGAAGUGUAAAAGCUACCUACUGUAUCUGUUUGCAUAAUCUUUGUAAAUCACCUUGACAUUUUUUUGCAAUUUUAUAGCAAUAUGCUCCCGGCGCGGGGGGCGACAUAACUUCUAGCCUAUAUACGUACAUAUCUUAAGACUUGAACGAGUCGUAUUUACUGUGUCAUUCUCUGCAUGUCACAAUAGACAUACAGUGCUGUACAAAUGUUGUGUAGACAUGUUGGACUUUGACAUACAGCAGAAGUCGGCGUGCUUGUAUAAAGAUGUUUCUCGGUGUGACAGAUGGCACAUCCAGCCAAAUUUAGGUACAAAAGGGUACAAAAAGGUCAUCACUGAUAGAAUCAGACGACUGUGCCAUAAGGUACAACUAAUAGGACUAUAAGUGUUGAUCACCUCAAACAGAAUGCUGGAACAAUCUGCACAACACACCUAAUGUACUGUAAAUAGUGAUGUACAACUGUAUUCAAAAUGUAGCAAUGAUUUCCAUUUUCAUACUUGUAAUCAAUACAUAUUAUGUAGCAUAUACUGUAUAAACUUUGUUCACUUGUUUGUUUUUCUAGGAGUAUUUUAUCUUCUGCUGCAGCCAGUCCUUGCGUUACUUAGAGUUCUAACAAACAGUAAAAGCCCUCGAAAGAAAGGUCCAACAGUUUAUUUAUGCAAGAUUCCCUUUAAGAUCAGUUUUAUUUAUGCUUUUUGAGUUGUUGUUUUUUUUUACAAUAAUGUUUAUUUGUGGACAGAUUUGAACAGCUUGUCGUCUCGUUGCUGCUAUCUUGAACUACUGAUGUUGUUCAUCAACUGUACAUGAGGAAACAAGGUGAAUAUUCUACUGUAGUGCUUAUUGUCACAUUUUUCUUUUCAUCUCUGAAAGCCACGUGAACUGGAGUUUGUACUUUGAAGAGUGAGCCCUACUGUAAAAAGCAUUAAGGCGCUUGAAUGUCUCUUGGUCGUUGUUGUUUAUAUGAUAGAUAGCACCAAAAUGUACACACAGUGAGAAAAAGACCUACCUAAGUGUUGGAGAGUCCCUGCUUGGCCUUUUGUUUGAGUUUCACCUGCGCAUGUUUUCUCGUUAUUUGGCAAUUGGCAUCCAUUUUCAAACAAACACAAGCCAGGUUGAAGGAAAUGGGCAAGUGCAAUGCAUGCAGAGACUCUUUACACUAAAAUAAAA